AUGUCGACCACGCAAGAAAAACCGAGUCUGCGCAACCCGAUCCACAACCCGUUCCCCGCUUCGCUGUCCAGCGAGUGCAAAAAAGCAGGCAAGAUCAUAUACUCGUUCGUCAAUUCGACGUUGACCAACACUCCUGGGGAGACCGCGAUUCCUCGUAAGAUCCUCGCAAAUGCCAAAGGCCUAGUAAUAUGCACUGUUUUCAAAGCCGCCUUCUUCGGGUCCGUCCGAUUCGGCUCUGGCCUGAUGGUAGCCCGUAUGCCCAACGGCAGCUGGUCAGCACCCUCAGCUAUAGCGCUCGCUGGUCUAGGGGCUGGAGGCCAGUUUGGCUUAGAGCUCACAGACUUUGUGUUUGUGCUGAAUACAGACGCGGCAGUGCAGACGUUUCUCAAAUCUGGUAAUCUCACCAUGGGUUUAAACAUCUCUAUGGCCCUAGGCCCAGGCCGAAGUGCUGAGUCCGGAGCCAUCCUCGGAACAAACGGCAUAGCAGGUAUCUAUGCCUACUCCAAGACUCGUGGAGUUUAUGGUGGUGCCACUCUUGAAGGCAGUGUGAUCCUGGAACGCUCCUCUGCGAACAAGAAGAUGUAUGAGCGCAAACUCAAAGCGAUGCAGCUGCUCAGUGGAGAGGUUCCUCCACCGCCCGAAGCUGACCCGCUGAUGCACAUCCUGAACUCGGAUGCUUUUCGUCAACAGUCCUCUACUGAUACGUCCACCCCUGUUGAGUUGCCUACAGAAAGCCCGAAUGAGCCAGGUCAGGGACCUCCGGAGCUUGCUGCGGAGCCCCUACCAGUUCCUGAGCUGGACGGGCACAGCUCACGCCAGGAAAUGCCAUCGGAAAAUCCUCACGAAAUAGCUGGGGAACUAGAAAACGCGCAAAGCCAGAGCUAG